AUGUCAACUUCACGGCGGAACAAUCAUCAAGGCUCCUCAACAGCCGUCAUGGAGCUCGAGCCUGUUCAUUCUCCGAUACAAGCAUCUGAGAAACACUUCCCAGCAGAGUCAGGCCGAAGACUCGGUCCAGAUGACUUCGACGAUGAUCUUGAUCGGGAUGACCAGAACGAGACUCUGCCCUCUCCCACAGUUGCCUCUCAUGAAGUUCUCGAGAAAUGGAACACACCGCGACCGAACAUGUACCGGACAUUUGCUGCCUGCUGGGGUUUUGCGAUCAUGGGGAUGAACGAUGCGACUUACGGAGCCAUCAUCCCAUAUCUAGAAAUACACUACGACCUUUCGUAUACUAUCGUCUCCCUGAUUUUCCUCAGUCCUCUCAUUGGAUACAACUUGUCGGCCUUGCUGAACAACAGUAUCCACCUCAAAUUUGGACAGAGAGGCGUGGCCUUCAUCGGGCCAAUAUGUCACCUAUUGGCAUAUAUUGUCAUCGCAGUACAUCCUCCAUAUCCUGUACUAGUUGUAGUCUUCGCGAUUGCCGGCUUCGGAAACGGCUUGGAAGAUGCAGCUUGGAACGCGUGGAUGGGUGCAAUGGCGAAUGCUAACGAAGUGCUUGGUUUCCUUCACGGAGUGUAUGGUCUUGGAGCUACUAUCGCUCCCCUGAUUGCCACUUCGCUGAUCACAAAAGCUAAUAAGCCCUGGUGGACUUGGUACUACUUUAUGAUUGGUUUUGCAGCCCUCGAGGUUGCCACGAGUCUGUGGGCUUUCUGGGGACAAACUGGAGAGGCGUUCCGCCUUGCUCAUCCUAGAACUACAGACCAAAAAGGCAAUCGAAUGAAGGAGGCCUUGCUCACCAUGCCUAGCGCUCGAGUCACAUGGCUAUGUGCCUUGUUCCUGCUAGGCUAUGUUGGCAUCGAAGUCGCACUCGGCGGUUGGAUUACUACCUUCAUGCUUCGAGAACGUAACGGCAGUGCAUUCGCCUCUGGAAUGACAGCGACUGGCUUCUGGCUAGGUGUCACUGUUGGGAGACUGAUAUUAGGCUUCGUCACGCCACGUAUUGGUGAGAAGUUGUCCAUCGCCAUUUACCUUCCGAUAGCCACUGGGCUAGAACUACUCUUCUGGCUCGUCCCACAGUUCUACGUCUCAGCUGUAGCAGUCGCGUUGCAAGGCUUCUUCCUAGGUCCACUGUUCCCUGCCGCUGUUGUUGCCACGACCAAGCUAUUGCCCAAGCAUCUACACGUUUCAGGCAUCGGGUUUGCAGCAGCGUUUGGUGGAUCGGGAGCUGCGAUUUUUCCCUUUGUCACUGGUGUGAUUGCACAGUCGAAGGGUGUACAGGUUCUUCAACCGAUCAUUCUGGCGCUUUUGGUGGUCAUUUGGCUAUUCUGGAUAUCGCUUCCGAGGAUUGAGAAGAAGAGAGACUGA